AUGCGGGCGUUUUUCUUGGCGCCCUUGGUGGCGGCCGCGGAAACUCCGCUGCGACGGGUGUCCUUGGCCGAGGUGGACCCGUUGGCACUGUGUGGCUCGGUGGGCACGGAUGGCAGCCCUGCCGUGUACUACUGGAAAGCCUCGGAGACCAACAGCAGCACCUGGGUGGUGGACCUGGAGGGCGGCGGCUGGUGCGACAGCGCCGCCGACUGCGACGCCCAUUGCGCGGAAAAGCCCUGGCUCUGCAGCUCAAAAGAGGCCCCGGAGACCUUGGACAAGGGCGGGCUGUUGGGGGACCAGGACUUGUUGCGCGACGCCAACAAGGCCUUCCUCCGGUACUGCACGGCGGACGCCCACAUGGGCGACGGCUUCGCCUUCGGGCGCCACUUCCGGGGCGCCCGCGUGGUGCAGGCGCUUCUCCGGCACUUGGCCUCGGACCUAGGCCUGGGGCGCAGAGCCUCGCUGCUGCUGCUGGGGGGCCAAUCCGCAGGCGCCCGCGGCGUCAUGGCCAACCUGGACUACGUGCCGGAGAUGUUGGGGGCGACUGCGCUUGUCACGACGGUGGGGUUCCUGGAUAGCCCGCUGUGGAUCGACAUGCCGCCCAUGCCUGAAUCCGGGUUUAUCGGGUUCAACAACUCCUGCCGGAACGUCUACAGCUUCGCCAACGUCUCGCGCCUGGGCGCGCAGUGCCGGGCCUUCUACGCGGCGGAGCCCUGGAAGUGCCUCAUGGGGCAGUACCGCAUGGCCUUCCUGAGGACGCCUUACCUGCUGGUGGCCUCCCAGUUCGACAGCUUUCAGCUGAAGAAGAACGUGGGGCACCGCCCCAGCUCUUUCGCGGAGAAGGUCUACUCGGAACACUUUGCGAACCGCACCCGCAGCCUGGUGAGGGAGCUGAGGAGUGGCUGGCCAUUUUCCGGGGAGCAGAACGGCGUCUUCUCCUGGGCCUGCUACUCCCAUGCCACCAGCUUGGACCAGAGUUUUGAGCACAUGGCGACCACGGACGGCACCACCUUGGCCAAGGCAGGCCACCAGUCAGUUUCUGCAACGUUGGAGUGGCCCGCCCAGGCGCGCGAUGCGCGGCUUGACGUGACUUCUGCCUCUGUGGCCGCGCUUGCCGCUGUGCAACAGUUGGACGUUUGGGGUCAGAUUUGCUGGGUGUCCGCUUUUGACAGCUUGGAUAGUUUGCAGUGGCUCUUCAUACGGCAGAGGUUUGGGGCUGGCUUCUUUGAGACGGUGGGAUCCGAGUUUGCUUCGCUUUCCAUCGCGGUCUGGGUUCCAGUGGGCCAGCGGGGAGUUCUGAUGCGUCGGAGCCCGCCGCGAUCUUGGCUCAGCUUCGGAGAAGCGGCACAGCUGAUUGUGAAGCGGGAGAGCGAGGGACGGGGUGUGGCAGGACAAGACGUGAGGGCUGGUCUGGUCCAGGCUUGCCCGGAAGGUGCCUUCCUCAGGCUGAUGGGUGACCCUCGGAAGGUGUUCUUCGAGGCUCAGCAGGCCAUCCAGAGCAACCUGGGCCACGCCGCCAGCACCACCACGGCGGGCCUGGCGCAGCAGGUCUUCGACUUCGAGCUGCCGGUGAUACCACCCGGCGCGAAGACGACCAUCAUCCCGGUGGCCUUCCCGAUAAACAGUCUUCCUGAGAAAGCUCAAGAGCGUACGGUGCAAGAGCUGAAGAUCCUGGCGGUCUUCGGCCUGGCCGUGGGCUUCUGGGUGCUCCCGUAUGUCCUCAUCAACCGCGGUGCUUGCUGCAGAUGCUUUCAGCGCUGGCUCUCGCGGCACAUGAGAUGCUACUUCUGCACGGGCUUGAUCUUUGUGCUGUGCGCGGUGGCCUACAUGAUUGCGUCGCAGCCAGAUGUGAACGCCAACGACAUCUUCUUCUGCUUCGUGAACAUCCUGGAGAUGCUCUCGGACAAGCUCAUGGAUGUGCUGACGCAGCUCUCCAUGGUGCUAGGCAUAGUCCUGGUCUGGUUCUUGAGGAAGAAGAUCGUGAGCCUCCUGGGCUAUGACCAGCAGUUGGUUCGGGCUGAGCUCAAGGAGACAUGCUGA